AAACAAAAGGUCUUUCAUUCCGUUUUUGUUUAUGUCGCUCAAAAUCAAAGCCUUAGAAGAUCUUUCUUUUUAAGGCUUAGAAGUACAUGUAGAUUUAAACGUAAAAUGUUUUUAAAAAACCUAAAAAAAACAAAAGUCUUGGAAAAACAAAAUAAUGAAUCAGAGCAUAGCGAAGAGAAUUCUGUAUUAGAAAAUCAAAUCGUUCAAAACUUAAGUAUUGAUUUUACAAAAAAAGGAGAGGAAUUAUUAAAGCUAAAUUCUCGAUUUAAAAAAAAGAUUAAAAAGCUGGAUACAGAAGCCAAAGUUAAGCAAGAAAAUAUCAAUCAUUAUAAAGAAAUAAUUAAAGGACAAGCAAAAGAAAUCAACUUGUUGGAAGAGAAGAUAAAUCAAUUAGUAGAAACGAUCGGAGAACUAAAUACAAAAGAUAAAUUGGGUGGUUUUGAUAUUUUGAAGAAAUCAGAAAAAUUACCAACGCUUCAACAAUGUUUUCCUACAAAAUUUGUUAUUUUUGGGAUUUUGUGCGUCAUUAUUCUUGACCGUUGGGAUUCUGAACGUAGGGAUGAUUGUUCUUGGAUUUGCCACUUGAAGCGUUCCGUGGAAAAUAAUUAA